UACCAUUAUUCCCUUCGAUCACCACCACGAGGUCUUUUCUCUCUUAGCUAGGAGGACGCCAUCCCUAUUGUAUGCGCUGAGGAACUAUCAGUCCCUGAUACAAAAUCGCAAUGGUUGUCCUUGCGGCUUCAAUAUGCACCCGAGGGGGGAAGGCUGUCAUCUCGAGACAGUUUCGGGAAAUGCAAAGAUCUCGAAUUGAGGGUUUGCUUGCCUCGUUCCCCAAACUCGCCGAUUCCGGAACCCAACAUACAACCGUCGAGCAGGACAAUGUCCGUUUCGUAUAUCAGCCAUUGGACGAGCUCUAUAUGGUCUUGAUCACCAACCGACAAUCGAACAUCCUUCAAGAUAUCGACUCGUUACAUCUCUUUGCUCAAGUGGUCAGCAGUAUAUGCAAGAGUCUUGAUGAGAAGGAGAUCCUGCGCAACGCCUUUGAGUUGCUAGGCGCUUUCGAUGAGCUAGUGACCCUGGGAUACCGAGAGAAUCUCACUAUGGCCCAGAUCAAGACGUUCCUCGAUAUGGAGAGUCAUGAGGAGCGUAUCCAAGAAAUCAUUGCCCGCAACAAAGAAAUGGAGGCGAGCGAAGAGCGCAAGAAGAAGGCGAAGCAACUGGAUAUGCAGCGAAAGGAGAUGACCCGGAACGCUCGUCAAGGCAUGCCCCCUCGAGUUCCGUCAUAUCCAACAUAUACCCCGCCUGUUCAAGCAUCGGUACCGGACACAUACGAUAGCUACAAUUCGGAAAGGAACAAGCCCACCAAGUCCAUGCCUCUCCGUAGCAAAGGCUUGCAGUUGGGCAAGAAGUCCAAAACCAGCAAUAUGUACGAUCAAGUUCGCGAGGAACUCGGUCCGGAAGAAUCCGCACCAUUGGUGUCUCCAGCCUAUACCCCCCAAGCUGCAGCUACACCAGCACGAACUUCGCUAUCAGGGGAAGACCCAGUUCAUAUCACCCUUGCCGAAUCCAUCAACGCCAAAGUCAGCCGAGAGGGCACGUUGGAAUCACUCGAUGUAAAGGGUACUCUGCAACUCAGAAUAACCGAUCCGUCAUUCACAUCUGUGAAGUUGGACUUGGCUGUGGGCAACAGUCGAGGUGCUCAACUCUUCUCCCAUCCGAAAGUGGACAAGAACCUCUUCCGAACCUCCAAGGUCAUUCAACUCGCCGACCCUUCCAAGGGAGGCUUCCCGGUCAGACAAUCUAUCGGAGUGAUGCGAUGGACUCUUUCACCAAAAGUAGCCGACAUCGAUGAUCCUCCCAUCACUUUUACAGUCUGGGUCAACGAUGCUGGGCCAGAUACCUGGAAUGUCACGGUGGAAUACGAAUGGACGGGAAGUGAUCCACUCAAAGAUGUUAUCGUGUCCAUUCCAUACAGCACGAGCGAGCCAUCGAUCUCCAGUUUCGAUUCCAUCUAUGAAGUUUCAGGGGAUAGCAUUGACUGGACCAUUGGAGGUAUUGACAAUGCCAACCCCAACGGUUCCUUCGAGUUCGAGGCACAAGCCGAGAGUGAUUCGGAGUUCUUCCCAAUGAGUGUUAGCUUUACGAAGACAAAACCCUUCGUGGAGGUCGAUGUCUCAUCCGUCACACUGUUGGGUAUGAACGAAGAAGUUCCUUUCACGAAAGAGGUGAAGUCGGUCGCGGACAAGUAUCUGAUUGGGUGAUAUGGUCCUACCUAUAAUGACAAUGGCCAAGUUCAAGGCGUUUGGGUAGUAUUACUUGAUAGAAUGAGAGGUGGCGGUUAUGGAGGCCUAUGCGCUGUAGUCCUACCUUUAAAAUGAGCACUCGAUAGGUCAUUUCCUCCAUGUUACCCGACUUCAUUACGUGAC